AUGUAUUGGGCCUGUAUCUCUUUUACCAAGUACCCAGUAUGUAUCCGGUCCUUUGGCUUCGUUUCCCAGACCUCCCAGAAACACAUCGUCGAAACUAUGAACUGGACUGAAGGAGGCUUGCAGCGGCAUUCGCGCGGCAGGGGCUUCAACCCCUUAAUUCCCAAGCAGAAAGAGUUCUUCGCCCGUGCUAGGCUGAAAUUGCAGGAACACGCUGCUGGCAGCUCAACAUCGGUCUCCUCCAUUCCCCCAAACCGCCUGGAUUCCGGACAUCAACAAAGGCAGAAAACUACCCGGGAGCGCUCGUCAAGCAUUCACUCGCGGUCAAGUCACUCAAGCCAUGGUCUCCCUAAGAAAAUCCGCAAAGACUACCGAGCCGUGUCUCGUUCCUCUCAUUCCUCUCGAUCCUCACGACUCGCCGCCCAAGGGAAAGCCUCGUUGUCCCAAAAUACUCAGAACCGCCUCGCAAAGAACCCGAAUUCCUCAUCACCAACCCCGGCACUUUCGGCCGCAGGCAAGGAUCCCAUUCCUAGGUCUCCCAAUGCAGCCAUAAAUGACCUUGAUUCGAAACGCCGAGACCUCCUCCUCCGCGGUGACUGGGUCAGCAUCGGCUUGCAGAAAUCACUUCCCAUCAAAUUCCCACUACACCCAAGUUCCCCCAAAAAUCCGAAAUGGGGCUUCGGUCGUCGAGACGUCCGUUCUGGGGAACCCAUGCAGUCAUAUGGUGCUUCGCGGAUCCGGCACAAGAAGCUAGCUACAGAUAGUUCCACCGACGCAUCGCGGCCAGCUAAUCAGAUGCGCAUCAAAAUCGGAAGUCAAGAUAUUCACCUAGGAACAUCUAAUGAGACUCGAAGCCUGAGGGGCCCUCGAAAGAGAUCACCAAGUCAAUGGGCCAGUGGGAACAGAGGCUCACCCAAGUCCUCGCCCUACUUUCACGGCCGUACCUUCCGAGAGGCUUAUGUCUCCCACCCGUCGGAAUCCAAAUACUCGCUCCACAGCUUACGCAGUGAUGGUCAUUUAUCUUCUCCCAGACGGCGGCCUCUGCGGAAUUCGCUCCAAUCGACAAGUUCGCCCUGGACAGGUUCAAGCCAUAUCGAACCUGAGGCUGUCGAGGAUGGCCAUAGGGCCAGCCAUGUUGAAAGGAGCUUAUUUCAACCCCCUGAGCCCCAGAACCAGAUCUUUCCUGAGACGUCUUCUCCUCUCGUCCACCACCCGAAACCCCGGCGUAUUGCCCGAAUCCUUCAAUAUCAGGAGUCUCAGUCACCGAGCUCGGAUGGCGGCCAGGCUAGCGUACGAGCACAAGUAGGCCAGGGCCACCAUUUCGGCAUCACAUCAUCGGAAGGUGGCCAGAACGAUCAAUGGCGUUCGUUUAUAACAUCCCCUCGCCGGCAAUCUGACAUCUCAGCUCUCCAGGCAUCGGGAGACUCGCCCUCCACACACCCGAAGAUAAGCCCAGGGAUAAGCAUGGAACAGCCUCCGAGACAAACGCCUCGCGAAAUUCCGUCUCGUAUAUAUGAAUACAUGCACACGAACGGAUCAAUGGAAAAGUCAGGUUCUGUAGGUCCAGCCUGGGGCUCGCCCGAAACCGUAUUUAGCGACUGGCCUCCUAUUGAGGAGGAAGCUGUCAACUCCAUGUCCUUCCAUUCCUCACCUUCGUAUGUGGACCCCGAUUGCAGUGAAUCAGGUUUACGUGGGGAACAUGAUGGGUUCGAGCACAGGAGGACUGAUAACUCCGAGUUUGUCGGUUCUCACACACACCAAGGUGUACACUAUGACCACUUAGCCGAUGCUACCAAGGAAGACAACACGCAACGAGGUGGGUACAGGGUAUCGGCCGGAGAGGUGGACGAGCCGAACCAUCUAGACUCCCAAGACACCGGCAGGGAUGUUUCUGCGACACCCUCUUCUCCAUCUGCGCCUAUGGCUAAGCUUGCAGAGUCAACACAUCUACAGCCAGAUGCCAACGAGGACGUCGCUUGGAUGACAUUUCUCAACUCGGAGGUCGACGACAGCGACGAAGUACUGCAGAAUGCCUUCGAUGAAGCCACAUACGAGACAAGCCGUGCAAUCCAACCAUGCGACGAUUCCGAGGAAAUAGAUGGCGACCGAGCCAUUGCCGCCGUUGAUGGCCAUGUUGAGACUGUCGCAACGUGUGGAUCAUCGACAUAUUCAGAGCAGUCUAUAGUCGAAACCAGCCCAGUACGAUCUGGUCUGACGGUGGCAAUCCCGUCCACAAUAGCGUCAGACCAGACCGUCGAAGGUCCUAGCUGCCUACCCACCAUCUUCGAAGGCUUAGAGUCUUGUGGAUCUAGUGACUCAACUGAAGUCCAGUCAGAGCUCCCGGCAGCCGAUACGGCACUACAUGACAAUGCUUCGAUAGUGGCGCAGCCGUCGGAGCCGGCAGUCAGCGAGGCCGCCUCGCCAAGUCCCCGCAUCCUCCGGCAGCAAGUCCUUUGGUGCAGCUCAGCGUGCAUGCGCCACCUCGAGGACGAGGGCGUCCUAGAAAGAAGGCAAAGGCCGGGAGAACCAACAUUCGGGCCCUACCUGAUUACAAUAGCGACCCCAUUGAUGACUGAUCUUGAUCGUACGGGGGCUCGCAAGCCGGAGACCUUUGCUUGA